GUCUAUGACGUCAACUGCGUUUGCUUCCAAGAGCAACGGGUAAACAAAAUGGCGGUUAUAUUGUACACGGCUGUUCAUUAAAAAUAAUUGAUAUAACCUUAUUUCCUUGUACAUUCAGAUGACAAUUAAAGGUCAGACGCUCGAAUUGAUAGCAAGAUGCACUAACUGUUACGGCGACAGUCCAAAGGCGUUCAAGCUCGCGGUGACACAGCCGAUGGCCAAGUGCACCUCCGAGUACCAAGCCGCCUACAAAUACACGACCUGGCAACCGCCUCCACAGAGUCUCAAACCGGAAAACGAGAAGGUGAAGAAUUACAAGAAGCGGACCGCCUACAUGGAGCGCAAGACGACGUACGGCUUGGACUUUGUCAAUACCUCGCCAACUAAGAAGCACGCGCACAGGAAGUCAAAAGCAACCGCCAACUCCGACGGCGACCAGAGAUGUCCGGUGCACGAGUGUACGUGCGCCGUUGCCACGGAACCCACGCGACCCACCGCAGGCAUCCGUCCCCGUCGACCCAAGAGUCCGCCGAUUGAAAACUCCAUGGUGAUUCAUCCAGAUAUGGACCAACGAUUCGUUGACGAUACUAUCUACGGGGACUCGUACCCAGCGUACAGCCAGGCGGUGAUGCAGACCUGCCGACAGCAGCCCAUCAAGGCCAAGGACAACAUCGAGGUUCCGGCAGUGAGCGAGCGCAGACCGUACGGAAAAUCCACCGCGCAGACCGACUUUGUGCCGCAUGAGAACGUCGAGCGACCAGAACUGGUGCGCCCCCACGAGAAUUCUGUGCGCGCCACGGGGCCUAUGGAGGGUCGCACGGAGUACACCGACUACUUCACCAGCAAGGCCAAGGACGCGCAAUUGUGCAAAAACAAAGAUACGAUGCACGAGGAACCCAAAUUUGACGCAAUAUCCACCGCUAUGGCCGACUUCAUCACCCCCAAGAACGUGGAACGCCCGAGGGCCUGUUACCCGCCCGUUUCCGGUCAUUUUGUGCCGCAGGAACCUGCCAAGUUCGACGGCGAGACGACCUCGAGCGCCGCCUACAAACAGUGGCCGGUGCAGCGGUACGAGCUGCCCAUCUGGGCACAGAAGCCCCGAUACAAGCGGCCCGAGGGGGGCAUCCUCGUCACUAGCCUCUAUAUGCAUGACUACAAGAAUCCCAAGGUCAUCCAACCUCCGCGGAAGAUCAGACCUCAUAAUAACAGCAGGAACGACAUCAUGCACUUGGACGAAGCGGCGGAGGCCGGAUACUCCCCGCAGACCACCUACAGCCAGGACUUCCGGGUGUGGACCGGUUCGCACUGGCGCGAGUCGUACCGCACUAUCGAUAUGUACCAGCCGCCCAAAGAGAAGAUGGUCUUUGAAACGAACCAUCGCUCGCAGUUCACAGGAGAACGUGUGGAGAAACUCAAGCCGUGUCGCCACAUUUCUGAACAUAGAAAACUCAACACCGAUAAGAAGAUGUUGUUCUCUACCACAUACACGGAUAACUACAAGCACCAAAGACCUAAGAGCACGCCUUCCGCGGCGGUUUCAGGAACAUCCGUUUCCGGUAAGGUUCGUUCCCAGUCCGCACACCCGGUGGUCAAAAUAUCUCCGUCCACGGUCCCUCUCGUUUCCGCCGGGAAAAUUCCUAUCCCAGACUUGACCGUCCCGGAAACACAGGCUCCGGCGAAGAACAAUUCUGCUCAAGAUUCGAUUACAUCACCGAAAAUUGCGAACAUCUUGACUUUGGAGAAGGGAGACGCUACCAUGACACCUGCAUAAUAAUUUGCUACCAUUAUUUAUUAUACGAAACGUUUGGAUAAGUUUAUUUUGAUAAUAAUAUAUCUUUGAAAAUUCACGUAUAUUUUACAUUAUAUUUAUAGCAAUAUAUUUAAUUUACACACUUGUUUCAAUAAAGACGUGUUCUUAUUUCCUGCUAGCCUGAAAUCCGGUAUUCUCGCGGUAUUAAAGAAAUACUUAUUCGCGUCUAUACAACAUGUUUAUAUAUCGGAUGAAUGAUUGAAUAGAAUUGACAUUACUGUAUUUAAUCAUGACUAACAACACCACUGUCCGUCAUUCUUAUUUAUUAUCUGUAAGUGGUUUAUUACGGGAAUAUGACAUUGUUACCUGUAGGUUGUGUAUGAGGGGAACAUGAACUAGUUACUUGUAAACAUUGUUACCCGUAAAUGGUGUAUGAUUGAAAUAUGAAAUUGAAACCUCUAA